AUGAAUAACGAGCAGUUUCGGAAGCUCUUAGGCGCGAACUCAUCUAAGCCAACAUCUUCAAGCAAUGGGCCAUCUCCGAGCAGCGCCACUCCGUGUGGCGCUGGGGCGCUAGGCUCGCGGCAACGAUCAAGCAUCCCUAUGACUCCCCGGUCUGUUGGUGCUGGGAGUAAUCGAUCCGAGUUUGCCCGGCAGCUUGCUGCGCGAAACCAAGCAACUCAGCCGAAAAAGCAGUUCCAUUCGUCAGCUCCCAAAGGAUCUAGACUUGCUGAAGGUUACGUGGACCGAUCAAAAGAACGGAACGACGAGGAAGAAGAUGAUCGUGCGAAAAGGAUACAAGCUCUAGAGGAGGCAUUCAAGAAGGAGGAGAUCGACCAGGCGACGUUCGAGAAGCUGCGCAGCGAGAUUGCUGGAGGUGACCUUUCCAGCACGCAUCUAAUCAAAGGAUUGGACUUUAAGCUUUUAGAGAGGAUACGAAAAGGAGAAAACGUAUGGGACAACAAGACAAGCACGAGUGAGGAUGUGCCGCCAGAAGAGGACGUAGAUGAGGCGUUUGAUGAGAUGGAGGAAGCAGAAGUAAAGGGUGUUGAGAAAGAAAGGGUCAAGAAGAAGGGACAGAUGGCGCCCGUAGGGCUUGUCCCAGGGAAAAAGAGGACGAGAGAUCAGAUAUUGGCAGAGCUCAAGGCGGCGAGAGCGGCCGCCGCAAAAGCCCAGCAAGAAGCCAGUCUCGGAGACAAGUUUAGGAAGAUUGGAGCGAAGCAAAAACCUGGCACCCGCAUUGAGCGAGACAGCAAGGGCCGAGAGGUUCUUAUUAUAGUGGACGAGGACGGUCAUGAGAAAAGGAAAAUUCGCAAGGUGCAACCAGGCGCCGAAGAGGAGCAGCGCAAAGAGUUCAUUCCGGAUAAGGACGCAAAGCCGCUUGGUAUGGAGGUACCCGAGUUUUACAGAAAGCAGCAGGAGGAGGAGGCUGAGGAUGACAACGAUGACAUAUUUGCCGACGCAGGAGACGAUUACGACCCACUUGCCGGCAUGGAUAGUAGCUCUGACGAAGACGACGAAGGCGAAGUGAAGGACGAGAAGGCUGUGACGGAAACCGACAAGUCAGAGCUUGCACCCGAUUCUACAUCAAUGCCACCACCUCCGAAACCAGCCGCACCACGCAACUAUUUCAAAGACUCCAAGACGGAGCUUAUUUCUUCGCAAACUCUCAAAGCACCCUCAAUGGAAGACCCUGCAAUCAUGGCAGCAUUCAAGAAGGCCGCCCAACUCAGAGCAGCAAAUAAGGCUAUGGAAGAUGGCGAUGAUGAAGAUGAUGAAGAGGCUAAGGCCCGGGCAGCCCGUCACAAGAAGAUGUUGCAGUCCGUUGACCGAGACGCUGAAGAUCUGGAUAUGGGCUUCGGAACCAGCAGGUUUGAAGACGAGGCGGACUUUGAUGACCAGCCAAUAAAGUUGUCACAAUGGGGUAACGAAGAUGAUGAAGAUGAUGGCCGCAGUGGCAAGUCGAAGCGGAAAAGAGGCCCCAAGAAGAGAAAGGGUGACGGCAAUAACGCAGCAGAUGUGCUCAGAAUUAUGGAACAGCGCAAAGCAGCAGACAAGGCCUGA